CGGGCCCCGGUAGGCGGGGGGGUGGGGGGAGGAGGAGGGUAAGGGAGGAGGAAUAGGUGUCUACUCUGGCGAGACCGCGUUGGAGCACGAAGUGCGCGAAGGUCUGGCCGCCAGGCGGGUGACCGCUGCACCGAGCCCAGGGCCGGCCAGGAGACUCAGCACCAAGUUAGCGCGCGCUGAGAGUAGGAGUCGGGCCGCUGAGCCCCGUAGGUCGGCCGGGCGCAAAGCCCCGGCCUAGGCCCCGCGGAGAUGUCCAGCUGCGGCGCUUGUAGUUGCGGCGCGGCGGCCGCCCGGCUCAUCACCUCCUCGCUCGCCUCCGCGCAGAGAGGCGUUUCUUGUGGUCGCAUUCAUAUACCAGUUUUAGGACGGCUUGGAACCUUUGAAACUCAGAUUCUGCGAAGAGCUCCUCUUAGAACCUUUACAGAAACACCAGCAUACUUUGCCUCAAAAGAUGGGACAAGUAAAGACGGCUCUGGAGAUGGAAAUAAGAAAUCAGUCAGUGAGGGAAGCAGUAAGAAAUCAAGCUCUGGGAAUUCUGGGAAAGGUGGAAACCAGCUGCGCUGUCCUAAAUGUGGCGACUUGUGCACACAUGUAGAGACCUUCGUAUCAUCCACCCGUUUUGUCAAGUGUGAAAAAUGUCAUCAUUUUUUUGUUGUGCUAUCUGAAGCAGACUCAAAGAAAAGCAUAAUCAAAGAACCUGAAUCAGCAGCAGAGGCUGUAAAAUUGGCAUUCCAGCAGAAACCACCUCCUCCCCCCAAGAAGAUCUAUAACUACCUCGACAAGUAUGUUGUUGGUCAGUCAUUUGCAAAGAAGGUGCUUUCAGUGGCUGUGUACAACCAUUACAAGAGGAUAUAUAAUAACAUCCCAGCUAAUCUGCGACAGCAAGCAGAGGCUGAGAAGCAGACAUCCUUAACACCCAGAGAGUUAGAGAUCAGAAGACGGGAGGAUGAAUACAGAUUCACAAAAUUGCUGCAGAUCGCUGGAAUCAGCCCACAUGGUAAUGCUUUGGGAGCAUCAAUGCAGCAACAGGUGAAUCAGCAAAUACCUCAGGAAAAGCGAGGAGGCGAAGUAUUGGACUCUGCUCAUGAUGACAUAAAACUUGAAAAAAGUAACAUUUUGCUGCUUGGACCAACUGGGUCAGGUAAAACCUUGCUGGCACAAACUCUAGCUAAAUGCCUUGAUGUUCCUUUUGCUAUCUGUGACUGUACGACUUUGACUCAGGCUGGAUAUGUGGGUGAAGAUAUUGAAUCUGUGAUCGCAAAACUCCUCCAGGACGCCAAUUAUAAUGUAGAAAAAGCACAGCAAGGAAUUGUCUUUCUGGAUGAAGUAGAUAAGAUUGGCAGUGUGCCAGGCAUUCACCAGUUACGGGAUGUAGGUGGAGAAGGCGUUCAGCAAGGCUUAUUAAAACUACUAGAAGGUACAAUAGUCAAUGUUCCAGAAAAGAAUUCACGAAAGCUACGUGGGGAAACAGUUCAAGUUGAUACAACAAAUAUCUUGUUUGUUGCAUCUGGCGCUUUCAAUGGUUUAGACAGAAUUAUCAGCAGGAGGAAAAAUGAAAAGUACCUUGGAUUUGGAACACCAUCUAACCUGGGAAAAGGCAGAAGAGCUGCAGCUGCUGCAGACCUUGCUAAUAGAAGUGGGGAGUCGAAUACUCACCAAGACAUCGAAGAAAAAGACCGGCUGUUGCGUCAUGUGGAAGCCAGGGAUCUCAUUGAAUUUGGCAUGAUUCCUGAGUUUGUGGGCCGGUUGCCUGUGGUUGUUCCUUUGCAUAGCCUAGACGAGAAGACACUUGUACAGAUACUGACUGAGCCACGCAAUGCUGUCGUUCCUCAGUACCAGGCUUUAUUCAGCAUGGAUAAGUGUGAACUGAAUGUUACUGAGGAUGCUUUGAAAGCUAUAGCCAGAUUGGCCCUAGAACGAAAAACAGGUGCACGAGGCCUUCGGUCCAUAAUGGAAAAGCUGUUACUAGAACCAAUGUUUGAAGUCCCUAAUUCUGAUAUUGUCUGUGUGGAGGUUGACAAAGAAGUAGUAGAAGGGAAAAAGGAACCAGGAUACAUUCGGGCUCCAGCAAAAGACUCCCCUGAAGAGGAGUACGACUCUGGUGUUGAAGAGGAAGGAUGGCCUCGCCAAGCGGAUGCUGCCAAUAGCUAAGCCGUCAGACCUCCGUCCUGUGUAUACAGCUCUUCCUUCCUUUCUCUAGGGUUGUAACUGUUUCUACAGUCUGACAUUAAAGGCAUUGAUCUGUCUGGCUAUCAAACAUGGUCAGAAGCCUUUAGGAUAAGAAUCAGAUCAUGUAUAUUAUAGUAACAUCACAUUGAUUUAUACAGAGAACAUUACAUGGACUUUAAUGACACAAUGUUUAGAGAUAAAAUGUACAUUAUUUUGGUUCAGUUUUUUAAAAAUGUGCUUUAACAAAAUUCUUAGGAGUUCUUUGAAGCAAUGCAGAUAUUGGAAUAACUGUGGAUUUUACAAUAAUGUCACUCUACAAAUGGGAAAAUAAAUUCUUUAAAAUUAAACAUUGGGAUACUAUUCUUUAGUGUUACCUUUUUCUACUGACAUUUACCUCCUGAAAAUACUGGAGUUUUAUUCAUCUUAAAAAUUGGAUGUUUCCAAAUAGUUAAAAAUGUCAUGGACAAAUACCCUGAAGUACUCAAUUUCAAUGAUUUGUUUGGCUUUAUUCUUAGUCUUAUCUGCUAAUGCAUGACACUAACUUCCCAGUUGGUACUUUUAAAAAGCCCAUUUUCUUGCUGACUUGUCUGAUUUAUUUGCUAUCUUUGCUCCGUUUUAGUGCUAGAAUAGAUGAACCAGAAGUAUGACUCACAUCUUCAGGAAAAAACUAUUCAUCUAAUUCUAUAAAUAGUAUGACAUAGUAACAGCCAAGUGCUAACCUCAAUAAAAUAGUGUGAUAUUGUGCACUCACCUAAAAUACUGAGCUAGCUCUCCUUUUUUUUUGGUUGGAGAGCAGGGGCAAGUCAUUUGUCUAAUUAUUUGUCUUCGUAGAACAUUAAAGUCUUUGUUUUGCUAUCAGCCAAAGUGAAUGUGUUUACACUAAGUAUAAGUUAUAGCUUUUAUUAUGUAGCAAAACUAAAAAGUAGAGGAAAAUUUUUGGACUUGAAAAUAAAACUUAUCGUUUAAUUCCAUGAAUAUUAAUAUAUUUGAGUACCUUUUAAGCUUUUUUUCUUUUCUAUUAUAAUAAUACAAGUUUCUGCAUUGUUCAUUCAGUUUAAUCUCAUUUGAGACUGUUUAAGUCAGCAUACCUUUAAAUAUUUGUUUUCAUGUUUUGGGAGUUCAGAGUUUUCCUUUUUCUUAGAAUAUGAACCUUAAGCUAUGAACAAAUUCUAAAUCCUGUUGAGGAAAAGUUGAACUUUCUAUGAUGUAAUAAAAGGGAUGUGAGGGGUACCUGUUUAUGGUUGAGUAAAGCCAGAAUUGCACUAUUACCAAGGGUUUAAGCCUGAUUGGUGUAGUAUGGACUAGGAAACAGGUAUUCUUAGUAAUGGCUCAAGUUCUCAGAAAGUCUUUCACAUUAUAACUUGGUUCAGUAUCUUUCUGUUGCAGCAUCAUUCUCCUUUUUGUAGAGUGGAAGUUGGAGUAGUUUCUAACAUGCAAGGGUUAUCCUCCAGAAAUGGACGGGGAAGCAUUUAGUCACAGCUGCUCACACUGAGUUUUGAAAGUUGUUGACCAAGUAGAAUCAAUGUUUUUAAAUCAAACACAACUGAGUAUAACUACAGUUUGUAUUUUGGAACUUAAUGUUUGGGCAUUUGAAUAAAACAAAAGGACAAAAUGAAA